CUCAUCCAGAGCCGAGCAUCUGCGGUCAUGCAGCCAGAGACCGUUAGGCAAUGUCGUUUAAGUGUCUUGCCCAAGGACACAACGCAACGCAGGGACAGAAGCUCGAACCUGCAACAUUCGGGCUGCAAGAUCCAUCUUCAUCUCACAGGUUCAGUGAGAAGCAGGCAGAGAGCUGGAACAAAGAUCCUGCAGCUCUGAGCUUGUGGAGACCUCAGAAGGAGAUGUUCUACAAACCCAGCUCUGAGCUCUGCUGCACAAAUGUUCAGUAUUGAUAUCAGUGCUGACGUACGGCGUCCAUCAAACACAGCAGAGCUGCUGAGGUCAUCGUUUCCCUGCAGAACAAAGAAAAGUCCUUCUGCUGUGACAGAGCCGCCAUGCAGUGGAGUCUGUUUCUGCUUCUUCUGAUGGGUCAGAGCUUCUUCCUCACAUGUGGCCUGUAUGAGUUCCACUUUAUUAAUGUGAACAAGACCUGGGAGGAAGCACAGGCAUACUGCAGAGAGAAUUAUACAGACCUGGCCAAAGUGUUUGACCUGACAGACAUGAGAAGACUCCAGAACUCCACACAGUAUAAAGGAGAAGCCUGGAUUGGACUGUACAGCAAACCAGGAGAAAACAGGACGUGGCACUGGUCUCUGCCGGGGGUGGAGGAGUACUCUGAGAAACAGUACUCUGACAAAAUGAUGAAAAACAAUAAAACAUUUCAUUUGAUUUAUGAGGACAAGAACUGGACUCAGGCUCAGAGCUACUGCAGAGUCAAUCACACUGACCUGGUCAGUGGACUCCAUCAGAUAAACAGCACAGAGUUUAAGGAGCUGAACAGGUCUGCAGGUUUCUGGAUCGGCCUGUUCAGAGACACCUGGAGGUGGUCAGAUGGGAGUAAGUUCUCUUUCAGACACUGGGACACAGAUAAAGUGAUCCUGAUCAAGGAAAGCAGGACCUGGGAAGAGGCUCUUUAUUACUGCAGAGAGAAGCACCACGACCUGGUUUCCAUCAGCAGCUCUCAGCAGCAGGGAUGGGUCCAGGAAAAGGCCAAAAAUGCUUCAACUCCUUUUGUGUGGCUGGGGCUGCGCUACACCUGCACCCUGGGGUUCUGGUUCUGGGUCACUGAUGAGACCGUCACUUAUAACAACUGGGACUCUAACAGCACGGAUGACUGCAACAUGUCUGGAGCCAUGGCCUCAGCAGGAAGCCACGCAUGGAGCCGUCAGCCUGAUGAUGGCAUGUUUAAUUUCUUCUGUUCUAAAUAUUAA